AUGUUAGCGCUCUCAAAAUCACUGGCGUUCAUACAUUUCCUCUCGUGGGCGCUCGCUUUCAAUGUUCAACAGGAAGGAGAUAAUGUCCGCAAUCAAAGGCUCAUCGAAUUCCUUUUGGAACUGAAUCAUAGACAUCAGUACCAGACUGUCUUGCUGGAAAACUGCGCAGCACACUCUUUCGCCAAGGACAUUUGGAUAAAAAUGGAAACCCCGAUGUUACAGCUACGAUCUGCAACUCAGUACCAAAAGGAAUUGAGAAUACUCUUCAACCACAAUUUGCUAGUCAUGGCGUGUGUGGAGCGCAACGUUGACUCAUUCAGUACAAUCAGUGAACUUGCGACACAAUUCCAGCACAUACGUGAUACACAUGUAAUUCUAUUGGCGGAAGCUGACUCAGAGGUACACCAAGAACAAGUCGUCGAAAAACUCUUUCGGCAUUGCCAAAUGCUGCAAAUUUUAAACGUCAUCGCACUUUUUGGUGAUUUUACGAGUACCCAUUUGGUGUUCACGUUCGACGCUUUUCCCACUUUCAAGCUGAAGGCCAUUCCAUCCAUGCCGUUUACGAACUAUUUCCCCGACAAAACACGCCAACUCCACGGUCAUCCAAUCUACACAGAGCCCGAUCAGAACCAACCGAGAUCGUUUCUGUAUCGAGACGUCAGUGGCGCACUGAAAAUGUCCGGUUACAUAGGCAAGCUGGUGCAAGCUUUCGGACAACAUUUAAACGCCACCUUGCGUUUUCCGCGCCCCAUUAACAUCAACGAAACUAUAUAUCAAAGAGAUCAGCACAACAGCACGCGUUCGGGCGUCAUCGACUUUGCAACCAGUUUAGGUUCUUACAGAUUCUUCACAGCCGUUGAGGAGUUCACAUAUCCUUUCGAAUUCGCCAAGUGGCUGAUAAUGCUGCCGGUAGAGCGCGACCUCGAAGUGAACGAAAUUUCGGGUAGAACAUUUUGGGGUGUACUCUGCUGUCCUGGACAAAUCUUUCGUGGCAUUUUAGGCCAAACAUUUCCAAUGUGUCCGCACAACAAUUGGCGAAUGAGCUUUGUUUAUUUUACAAUAUUCCUUGUGGGACUCAUCACCAGUUGCCUGUUCGCAGUGUAUUUGAAGACAUUUCUUACCCAACCGCCUACUAAGUCGCGUAUUAGCAACUUCGAGGACCUCAUAAAAUCGGACAUUCGUUGUCUUGUUUAUGAGAAAGAGGUCCCAAUUGUUAUAAAUCUCAUUGGCGCUGCUGCCUGGUCACGUUACCAAGACGGAUUUGAGAUAAUAUCGUCUUGGUCAAAGUUUUUGUCACUACGUUUGUCUCUAAACACAACCUACGGUUAUACUGUCACCUCUUCAUUGUGGUCCAUCAUCCAGUUGAAACAAUCGCUCAGACGUCGGAAAAUCUUUCGACUCGCCACCGAAUUUAUGUUGGACGACUGGCUCUCCAUGGGUAUGCCUAUUAACGAAAACUCGAUAUACAAACCGGCGUUAAAUCGGUUUAUUGCGUUGCGAUUGGUGCCAUAA